GGCGGGCGAAGGCGCCGCCGGCGGCGGCGGCGGGAGGAGCGGGGGCGCCCCAUGGGGAACACGCUGACCUGUUGCGUGUCCCCCAAUGCCAGCCCCAAGCUGGGCCGGCGCGCGGGGCCGGCGGACGCGGACUAUGAGUCUGAGCUCUGCGAGGCGGCGGCGGGGGACGCGGUGGCGGUAGCACCGGCGCCCGCGGCUGCGGAGCCCGCCGACUUGGAUUUUGGAGCCGGCGAGGGCCACCACCUGCAGCACAUCAGCGACCGGGAGAUGCCCGAAGACUUAGCUUUGGAAUCAAACCCUUCUGACCACCCAAGGGCAAGCACAAUUUUCCUCAGCAAAUCUCAAACGGAUGUGCGUGAAAAGAGGAAGAGCAACCAUUUAAACCAUGUUUCUCCAGGGCAGCUCACUAAAAAGUAUAGCUCAUGCUCAACAAUAUUUCUAGAUGACAGCACAGUCAGCCAGCCUAAUCUUAGAACCACAAUAAAAUGUGUGACCUUAGCAAUAUAUUACCACAUAAAGAACAGAGAUGCAAAUAGAUCCCUGGAUAUUUUUGACGAGAGAUCACAUCCACUCACAAGAGAGAAGGUUCCAGAGGAAUACUUUAAACAUGACCCUGAACACAAAUUUAUUUACAGAUUUGUUCGUACUCUUUUUAGUGCUGCACAGCUAACAGCUGAAUGUGCAAUAGUAACUUUGGUUUACUUAGAAAGGCUUUUAACUUAUGCUGAGAUCGACAUUUGUCCCACUAACUGGAAAAGAAUUGUCUUGGGAGCCAUUCUUCUUGCCUCCAAGGUUUGGGACGAUCAGGCUGUGUGGAAUGUGGACUACUGCCAGAUCCUCAAGGACAUUACAGUUGAGGACAUGAAUGAGAUGGAAAGGCAUUUCUUGGAGUUACUCCAGUUCAAUAUUAAUGUUCCUGCCAGUGUUUAUGCCAAAUACUACUUUGACCUUCGCUCCUUAGCAGAUGACAACAACCUGAACUUUCUCUUUUCUCCUCUCAGCAAAGAAAGAGCACAGAACUUGGAGGCCAUUUCAAGAUUGUGUGAAGACAAAUACAAAGACUUAUGUAAAGCUGCUAUGAGGAGGUCUUUCAGCGCUGAUAAUUUUAUUGGUAUUCAGCGCUCUAACGCCAUACUCUCCUAAGAUGGAGAAAUGAUGAGUGGUAACAUCAUGAACUCAUCUACAAAGACUGGAGAAAUAUCACCUCUCCUGCUCGAAACCAGCAAAUAGUAUUCUCACCGAAAGGAGAGAGCUCGAAUCCAAGACAUGGACUGUAUACACUUGCACUUGCUAGGGAAGAAUGGGACCUUGUCAAAGCAACAACACACUUAUUGUCCUCUUUAAUGUAAACAGAGCUACAAAAAACACUCCAAAGCAAAAGCUCCAAACCCACACACAGUUAUUUGCUUACUGUGUAGGCCAGUAGCUGUAAACUCUGUGAGGUUUUUUUCUAGUUAGUAGUUUAAAUUUUUAGACUCUAAAAACACUAACCACAUAACAUUCAUUUUUUAAGUUGUUUCUGCUCCCCUCCCCCAUAUUGCUGCAAAUGCCUUCAGAAUUGAUGCAGUAUUAGCAUUUCAACAUAGGACACACACAUACCUGCCAGUAUCCAUGUAGGCUGCGAAUCACACAUGGGUCUAGCACAUGCUCAACAAAUUCUCAACCACUGAGCUGGCCCCAGCCCAAAACAUAGGACUCUUAACACUGAUGAAACCACUUAGGAGAAGACUAAUGUUGUUUGGUAUUGAAGAUUGUUCCUACUGUACCACUGAAGCUGCUAGUCAUUAUUGGCAAUCAGUUUAAACCAAAAAGCUGCUGGAUAACACUUGCCAUUCAUAUUCUUUGCGAGCACUACUUACUACCAUUUUGGCAUGAUUGGAGUCAUAAAAAAAAUCAGUAAUUGGACACUUCUGUUGGGUGUACACUGCAUUUCUUGUGAAUUAUUAAUGGUGCUUCUUAUUUUCUGAUAAUUUUCCUCUGGUUUGUUAAGUGUACUAAAAGAUAUUUUCAUAAUGCCAACCAACCCCAGCAGUUAGUGACAACGGUUAGCUGUGCCGAAAGGUGCGGUGCGGUCUGAAGCUCUGUGACCCUGUGCAGGUUCUGCAAUGGGAGCAAAACAUCAUUUCAGCGUUUCGAUCUUGCAACUUUGGAAUAUUGAGCUUUGAAUUUUAACACCUUGCUCUAGACCCACAUGAAGAUGGCAAACAUUUGUCUGAAAUAAAUGAAAAUCAAAGCCUAAUAUUGCACAUUUGCAAAAUCAAAAGACAGGUGAUUUAACUUCCAAAUUAUGUUUUCUAAGCGUUUAGCACUUAAACUUUUAACAGCUAUCCAAGCUCAGAAUUGCAUCCAGGUUCUUGGGCUCCCUUGUGCUUGUAGAAGUACCCUCUUGUUUUUAGAACUGGAUUCCAUCUGCUUUGGUCACCUAAACUUCUUUCCUCUAGAAUUGGUAAAGGAUGAUUAUGAAGAGCUGUGUUAAUUCACAUGUAGUAAAUGAAAAGAAGUUGGGCCCCAGGAGCAGCAAGUGAAAUGGAUGUGUUUUUUUUAAAUCUGUGUUCACCUGACUAUAGUGUCCCAUUCAAGUCCUUUGUGAGAGGGAACUUAAAAGGUACCUUAGGUACCCCUUACUUUAAAGGGCAAAGGGUAAUUUUAGAUUGAAAAAAAAUUGGAAAUAGGAAAAACAGUUUUCUCAACUAUGUGAAAUCUGUCUUCUCAAAUGUAAUCUUAGGAAUCUUGCAUGUAAACCAAGCCUUGCAGGCCAAGAAUACUUUUCUCUCAGUACAGCAGUGCUUCAACAGGGUAUUGGAGGCUUCAGGUUCCAUCACUUGAAAGGACAGAGGCACAAAUGAUAACCAAUGAUGUGUGAAAUACUACAAUCUACCACCUC